UGUAGCGAUCAGACUGACUCAAAGAAGGCAGAGAGCGAGUACGGGCCCCUGUAUUUUCGUCAGGGUGUUCAGUUGAGGAGUUUUUGACUGAAUACGGGAUUCGUCAUCCGCUUCUCAUCAUCAUGUCAAACUUAACGAAACGUAACUCGAGCACGUCUGCGGAGCGGAGCGAGGAGGAUAAACAAGCGAUGGAGAAGAUGCUGGCGUCCGGGGAUCCUGCUCUGCCUACCUCGGAUCGUGAUACAGCCGAGAAAGGAGAGGUGAAUCUUAAAAGGAAUAUCACGCUAUUGAACGGCGUGGCUAUUAUUGUAGGCACGAUAAUCGGAUCCGGCAUCUUCGUCACCCCCACUGGCGUAAUCAAAGAAGCCGGGUCGGUGGGAUUGUCCCUCAUCAUCUGGGCCAUCUGCGGGGUAUUCUCCACUGUUGGCGCGCUCUGCUAUGCUGAGUUGGGGACCACUAUCACAAAAUCUGGCGGGGACUAUGCCUACAUCCUAGAAGUAUACGGAUCCCUACCGGCCUUCCUCAAACUCUGGAUCGAGCUGCUAAUCAUCAGACCGUCCUCGCAGUACAUCGUGGCUUAUGUGUUUGCUACCUACCUCCUGAAACCCGUUUUCCCUGACUGUCCAGUACCGGACAGCGGAGCCAAACUGGUAGCAUGUCUCUGUAUACUAUUGCUGACCACUGUGAAUUGCUACAGCGUAAAAGCUGCCACUCGAGUUCAGGAUUUCUUUGCUGCAGCUAAGCUUCUUGCCCUCGGUCUCAUCAUCAUCACUGGCUUCAUUCAAAUAGGCAAAGGUGAUAUAGAAAACUUAAGACUGGAAAAUUCAUUCAAAGACUCUUCAGCAGAUAUGGGAAGGAUUGGCUUAGCUUUGUACAGUGGAUUAUUUGCUUAUGGUGGAUGGAAUUAUCUGAACUUUGUUACUGAAGAGAUGAUUGACCCUUUCAGAAAUUUGCCCCGAGCUAUCAUCAUCUCGUUACCCAUUGUUACAUCUGUAUAUGUGCUUACUAAUCUGGCUUACUUCACAACCCUCUCACCUCAGGAAAUGCUGGAUUCUGAAGCUGUUGCUGUGGAUUUUGGAAAUUACCAUUUAGGGGUCAUGGCUUGGAUUAUUCCUGUUUUUGUUGGGUUGUCAUGUUUUGGAUCUGUGAAUGGAUCACUCUUCACAUCAUCUAGGCUAUUUUUUGUUGGUUCACGAGAGGGGCAUCUUCCAAGCUUACUGUCUAUGAUUCAUCCUGGGCUUCUUACACCAGUACCUUCUCUGGUGUUCACUUGUUUAAUGACUAUACUUUAUGCAUUCUCAAAUGACAUCUUUUCAGUCAUCAACUUCUUCAGCUUUUUCAACUGGCUUUGCAUUGCCAUGGCAAUUGUCGGCAUGAUGUGGCUGAGAUACAAGAAACCAGAACUAGAAAGACCCAUUAAGGUCAAUAUCCUUCUUCCAGUCAUUUUUGUCCUUGCUUGCAUAUUUUUGAUUGUGGUUUCAAUCUGGAAGACGCCAAUAGAGUGUUUGAUAGGCAUGGUUAUCAUCCUCACUGGCAUUCCUGUUUACCUGUUUGGAGUUAAGUGGAGAAACAAGCCAAAAUGGGUUUUGAAGAUUAUAUAUUCUUCAACAGUUUUUUUCCAGAAGAUCCUUGAGGUGGUUCCUCAGGAGUCCUGAAACAGCCUGGUCAUCUUGUAUCGAAGCAUGCACAAAGACUCAGCACUUAUUGGAUAACUUACUGUCUCAUGCUGGUAACACUGGAACAAAUAACAUGUGGAAAUAUCACCUGGAUAAGACCACUGAAUGUUGUGUGAGUGAGAGUAUGUGUGUUUGUGUGGUGGUUGUAGGGUAAAAUAUUUUCUUGUGCAAGAGAAUACUCUGUUCACAAGGCUUAAUGGGAGGAUUAGCGGACCUCGGUAGUUGUUCUUCAUGCAACUGGGACUUGAACAUUUUAGGAGGUAAAUCUAUGAAGAAGUUAAUGUUGUGGUAUUUUUAAUCUUCAUUUAGAUAUUUGAUUUUUGGCAUAAAAUAUUCAGAAUAGAGCAAAAAAUAUUGUUGAAUUUCAACCUGUGCUAGAGGUGGGCCUAUUCCAAAUCAAUGUGAAAAGACUCAAAUACAGUUUGAUAUACAGACAAUCUUUUGCUUCAUGUGAAGGCCUAAUUUAGGCUUAUUAUGAAAUGCGAAUGAUAGGAAAAAAGAGCUUUCUUUCUGAGCAAACAACAAACUAACUUACAUAAGGGCAUUUUAUAGGGCAGUUACGAAGUUGUGCUUUGCUCAGUGGGAAUGUGGGGGUUGGGUUGAGAAAGGUUUGGGCUUUGGAGCAUUCCUGCAAUCUUCUGAUAAAGUAACCAUAUGAUGUUGUGUGAGGAAACAUUCCAAAACAGACGUGCACAUUACAGUUCUUCAAGAAGCAAGUAACUGGCACUUAAAGGUACAUGUCUGGUGUGUACUGCUAUACUAUCUGUAACAGAGAUGCAUCCUGUAAACCCCAUUUCUACAAUAAAAUUAUUAAAUAGCAACUAUAGAUUACACUUGACCUUCAGAAAGAUUUGAUUAAAGUCAUCAGGGGGUUGUGCCAAUUUUUCAUAACUGAGGGAAAACAAAAUGUAACUGAUGAGAUGUUUUAAACCCGGAGUCCCCGGUAUCCAGUUUAUAUGGUCCAGAUCUCUAAUUAUCAGUCAUUGUAUUUGUGAACAUUAUUAGAAAUGUGUGUAUUAUUAUAACAUCCUUCAGAGAAGGUGAAUGUGUUGUCAAGUUCACAUAUUCUCAGCUCUACUGUACAAGAAAGAAUCCAAACGCAAAGCAGAUAAAAAUGGCUCCAAAGCAUUUUUAUUGUUUUCCCGCUGUAUAAUACUUUAUAUAUAAAAUAAAAAAUGAUGCAUACAAUAUGUUACAGGUGUGAGUGUAGCCUUCAAAUAUACACCUGAUAAAGAUACAGAUGAGCCUCGGUAUGUACUGUAUUGUCAUAUCUGGGGCCUAAGGAGGCCACAGUAGAUUUAGGCAAAAGGAAGCAUGCCACAUCUGUACUCUUGUCAUUUUGUUGCGUUCCUUUAGUCACUUAGAGAAGACCUUUGUGGUAAAAACAUGAGAAUGAGGCAUACAAUUGCUAAUAAAGUCAAAUACUGAGGCAGCCUUAGUGCAUUUCGUGCUGUAUCCAUGCACUGUACAUUGUAAUGUGCCUCUGCUUUUUUAGGUUACAUUAUUUACAGUAGUCAUUUCUCAUUCCAUUUUAAAGCUUCUAAGACUUUAUGUAGUAAAUAACUGUAGUAAUCUUGUUGGAUAUUUUGCAAACCCUUUGAUUUCUAAUAAAUUAAUAAAUUAAUUUGUUAGGGAAAGAUAGCCCUAAAUAUCUGCUUUUGAAAAAAGAAGUCACACUACUUUUUGAAUGUUAAAUAUGCUCAGUGGGAGUAAUAUUGUUAUCUGAAAAUGUUAUUGUCAAGAAAAUAUAUCCAUGAAGCAUGGAUACUGAUGUUAGUUUUUAGUAUGGCAUAGUAGGAAGGAACAUUCUCUUUACAAAAAUUAAAAUAGUGAGGCUUUAACACCAUAAGGUAACAACACCACCUCUUCAUUCUUGUCACUGCAGACAAAUGAAAUGACUUGCUUCUGCUAUGUGGUGGAAUCUUAGUUUGUCUUCAGAGGGUCAGACAAAACUUAGACUAACUACUUACAAAAAGCUUCAUAGAUGUGUAUAAGGUGGUCCAGAAGCUUUCAUUUCUUUUAGCUUGCUUAAGAAAAUAUUUCAUAAAGUUUUCAUGGUAGAAUACUGGGAAAUUCAGAGUAAGAUAUGAGAAUUUUCUAUUCCAUCCCUCAUUGUUUAAGUGGGAAGUGGCAAGAGUGGAUACAAAUCAUGCACAAUGAAAAAUUAAACCACGAUGAAUUUGAUAGGUCACUUUAGACAAGUGUUUUAAAUAAUUUAGCUAUAAAGCCAGAUUGAGAUUUUUAUGUUACUCUUAACUGUAAUAAAAGUAUAACAGUUGUUAAUGUUUCCUGAGAAGCUCAGCACAUUUUAAGUAUUUCAGUGGCUUUGCUGAGUUUUUGAAAAAAUUCAAAGUACGUUAAUCAUGUUACAUGGAAAGUGAUUGUAUAAGUACAUACUGUAGUUCCUUUAAUGUGUUUACAGUCAUGUUAAAAUUAUUUACCUCCCUCUUUUUAAACACUGUAAAAUGUAUAUACAUGUAGUUUUUGGCUCUCCAUGAAUGCUUCCACCUGCCUGAGCCUUUCUUUCUCACAUCAACUGACAAGUUGUCUUUAGAACUUCAGUAGGAGUCCUCACUCAGCUAAUCUGGUUAAUAUUAAAUGCUAAAGUCACCCAACACAUUGCUUGCAAACACAUGACACACCAUUCUUUUAUGACCACAUGCUAUUUUUCUUAUUUUUUUUUAGUUGAUAAAUACAGUAUUAUGCUAUGACUAACUUCUGUUUAAGUAUAUGUUAAAAGCCUGGUAAAUGAUGGCUUUUUAGAAAAAUGUUUUUUAUAUUUUACAAGUUUCUAACUUUUUUUUAAUUUUGCUAAAUUCUGAUCCUAAUAAAGUGUGACUAGACCUAGGGCCUGAAGUAGAGGCAGAGUUUAUAAAUUCUGGUGGAACUCGAGUGUUGCUGUAAGUUUGUCAGCAAAGGCACUUAAACUAAGUUUUUGAAGUCAAGUAUAUGUGGUUUAAUAUAUUUAGUCUGCAGCAUAUUUCUUGUUAACUUAUAUUUACUAACUUAAAAUGGUGUAGAUGGAAAUAUUUAUUAUAGGUUUUAUUCUUAAAGGCUACUGUCUUAAAUGACUUUUUUCUGUAUGACAGUGAUCUGUACAGUUACUGAAGACUGCGGAGUCUGAAGAAUCAUUUUAUGUGUUUUUUAUGUUAUAAAAAAAAUUUAAUUUGUUUACUCCACGGUGACAUUGUAGUUCAAAUAAGUGCGCACAAUAUAUUGGAGAUUAGCUCUUGAACCUUGUUAAAAACUUCUGGUUUUGGAUUUUAAACACUCCUAAGGUUCUUAUCAUAUAAUGAGCCACACACCGUGCAUUUCUCUAGAGGUCCACUGUCAAGAGUAAGGCCUUUGAUCCUCUCAGCCCACUUGGUAGCAGAGGAUUAGGCAGGUUUUUUUUUUUUCCUUUUUCUUUUUUCUUAUAUAAAGGAAAUUGUUUUUGUGCUGUUACUGACAUUGUUAGAAGAGAUUCACUUUUAUUGUACUUUAUUUUUUUUUUUU